GUCGAACACACCUUGCAACAAUGAUAAUUUGAAAUGUUCCGUUCGUGACUUUGCGUGUAACUGAACGCAGCUGAAGCUAAAUGAAAACGGUUUUGACAGAUUAAAUUGGAGAAACGGUUGAAAAUAAAGAUAAUUUGAAUGUUUACUUGUAAAAUCCAAUUGUAUUUUAUUUUAAUUGGUGGUUUCGGUGAUAAAAUAAUUAAUAAUGGAUACAACGACGAGUAUAAAACCAAAGUCAAUGGCUGAGUUGUUGCCUGGGCUUAGUGGUAUUCUGUCUAAGGAUAGCAUGCAAACCCUGACUGCCAAGAAACAACCUCGCCAAACAAUUGUACAGACUCGCACCGCAGAGAAGGUUGUCAAACCCUUAACAAUAGCUGAAAUGAGAGCAGAUAUUUUAUCAUUAAGAGUGCAAUCUCCAAGAAGACCUGCUCAAGGAGCUACAAGUGCCAGGAAGAAAAACUGGAACUCUUCAGUAAAGGUGGACAAGACAAUAAGCCAUACAGCCAAUGGCAAAAUGAAACUUAAUCCUGUCAGAAAAGUGCUUAACUUUCAACCUAAGCCAAAACCUGUUAUGAGUAAUACCAACACAAGAGUGACAAUGGCCCCUGAAGCCCCAAAGUUUCCAAAACCUGAAUACAGACCCAAGAAGUCAAUGUAUUUAUUACAAGCUCGUAAUAAUGUAAGGAUAAGUGGAAUCAACAACAUAUCAGAAACACCAGUUAUAACUAAACCAGCAAUAAGCCGCUUAACACUUGCCAAUAAAGAAAAUGUUUCCCACCAACCAAGUAUCAAGAAAUUGGUUCCACCUAAACCAUUGAUUAGGAAACAGAUUAUACCAACCAUUCCUGACACUCCAAUGUCUAAUGAAUCAUGGAAGUCAAGCUGUGAUGCCAGCUUUUUGCAAAAAGAAAAGGAAAUUAAUGAUGCUGAGGCAAAAACUAAAGCAAUAAUGGAGGAACCAACUCUAGAGAAUAUUGCUGCAGUUACACCUCCUGUCUCCACACCAUUCAAAGAAUACAGAAAUGUACAAGAAUAUUUUAAUCACUCAAGCGAGUUAGAGAGUUCCGCAGUGUACAAUGAUAAUACCAUCAUGAGCUUUGAUAAGCCUUCAGACAAUAAAGAAAAUACUGCAAGAGAAGAAAGUGUAAUAGUGUCAUUAUGUGACCUAUUGAACAAAGCCUCUGUUGCCACUUCAGGAAAAAUAAGCACAGAACUAGAAGAUUUAUUGCAGAUUGAGAAACAGACAGAACAUAACUUGAAGAUGAUAGAUAACAGCAUCGCUGCACUCAAUAAAAUCAAGGAAUCACAACUAACUUCCCUGAAAUAUGUGAGAAAACUAAUAAAUGAUAAGAAGCCACAAGAGAAUGGGGAUAAAACUUUAACAGAUACCAAAGAGACCCAAGAAGCUUUAGUAACUGUAAAGAAUGAGAAUUCAAGUCCUGAACACAAGUCAGUUGUAAGCAAGCCAUGCUCAGUGAUUAAAUCUUGUUCAAAGUCACCAUCUUAUAAAAUACCAAAAAAGAAUUUGUGUUUAAGAAAAAAAGUAUUUUGUAAAUCAAUGCCAAAUGUUUCAAAUGAAACUAUUACACCAGUAAAGUCUGAUAUGGGCAACAGAGCUCUUAGUAUGUAUAUGAAAAUGAAGGAACAUAUGAAUUUUUUAAAUACACCUGUUGCUAAAAGAGAUUUUAAUGUGCCAGACACACCAGCUGUUACAUCACACAAUUUACAAAAGCAGCUAGACAAACUUUAUGAUGAAAAUUAGUAAAUGUUCAAAUUAAUUUAAUUUUAGAAUAAGGUUGUAUAGAAAGCAAUUAUAUUUUAGAUGAAAUUUUAAUUUAAAUACUAUAAUAUGAUCAUUUUAUAAGUUGCCUUAUUGUAUAUCAGAACUAUUGUGCUACAGGUUGGCUUGGCAAAAAG